AUGACGAUGCUUACUGCGAAGCUCUUCCAGAGUGACUCUCUCGGAUUCAAUGAUUCCUCUGCACCGCCUCGCCGCUCCAUGCUUACACCGCGGUCUUCGCCGCACCUGUCCAUGUCAAACCGGCUGCCCCCCGUGACAACAUUUUACGGAAACGAGCACUCCGUGCAACAGUGGCUCCAGGCCAAGACGGAGGAGGAUCGCCGCGCACAGGAAGAGGAACGCACCCGCCAAGAGACAAUGAAGCUGGAGCAGCGCCGCAUCGAACAGUCCAUGCUGGCCGACUCGCUGCAUGCAGGUGUUCCGCCGCAGAUGAUCCCGUUGAUCUUCGCGGGUAUCGGUGGAGGCACGAAUGCCCAGUCCACCAUGGAGAUUGUUCGCCAGUAUAUCGCGCAGACAUCGAGUACCCCCACUCCUCCCACGGGCGCCCAAUUUCUUGCUCAGCUUCAGUCGCACGAAGUUCCAACUACCAACCCAUCGCCCGUGCCAUCGCAGCAGUACCCAACACAGCGUCCGCCUGGGGAACCGAAGCGCUCCCGUUCCUUAACGCGCACUCUUCCUGCACCUCCAUAUGCAGCUCAGCAACCCCAACCUGCAGCUCCGGUGGGCGAUCGCAGCCUCCCACAGCCGCCAACUAUGCCCAGUUCCUCGACGCAGCCAGCUCUCGGACGUCCCCUUGGGCCUCCGUACCCAGCUGAUGCUGCAGGAACCCGGUUGCCUCCGCCAGCUGCCAGUGCAAUUCCGUCGCAAAGCCCUCCGAACAGGCUAAGCGCCACACAAUCUGGAUCAACCACAUUUCAGUCUCCAGUAACCCCAGCCAAACAGGAAAGCCGACCUCGCCGCUCUUCUCCUGGAAUUUCCUUUCAUCACUGGGUCCCUCCAAACAAAGGUCGUUCCUCCAACGUAUCACCAAAUAAGGCCCAACAGGAGCAGACACCAUCGUCGAGUACACCUUACCUCCAAUAUGAAAACCAGAGCUCCCCAGGUCGGAAACGAAAGACUCAGAGUAUGCAUAGCCAGGGUCUUCCACCGCCGGCUCGCAGGACGGACUCAGGCUCGAUGGAUAUUAAAACCGAUAGCGAAGUGUCCAACUCACAGGAACCGCGAACAGGUGACAGGAAUAGUUCCGAGCAGCCGAGCGAGUCGAGGGCUGAAGCAGAUGGCCCUGCUCCCAAGAAGGAGCCAGUCGCAUCAAUAGGUAGUGACUUCAACUCCGAACCUGGCAGCCAAACUCCGGAUCUGAAUACUAAAGGCCAGCAACCCAAUGACCCUGCUGCUUCGCGGACUAAAGGCUCUAGCACUCGUUCUGGCCGAAUCAAGAACUAG